AUGGAGAUGCAUAUGCGGCAUAUGAGAUCAUCAGAUGAUAUGAUAUGCCACCUAUUGAAAACUAAACCCAAUACACCCUCAAUCAGGGAUGAAAACACAGCCAACAAUUUUGGCCACAUUUUGGGCAUAAGUGUCACUUUAGUCAAGACUGAGCUCUCAUGGCCUCCAAGUGCUCGCAAUUUGCAAUUUCAUUGCAGUUAUAUUUUUGAGUUAAACCAAAAUCAAGUGAUAAAACGGAUUGAUAUGAGUAAAGACAACAGAAUAUUCUACUCGGUUGAAUACGCUGGCAAUGGGGACAAAUUAUCAACUAAUUUCACCACUUUACCGGGUCUAAAUAAACUAACAACCAACAACACCAUGGCCAAAAUUGCCUACAAUUCAGGCUGGAGUCAAAUAAUCCUACAUAACGUCAAUAAACAGACCUUGGGCAAAUACAAAUGUCAUUUACAUUUCGCGAUUCACGAUAUAAUGCAUGUGAUUGACUCGGAACCUGUUAUGACCUUGGGCAAAUACAAAUGUCAUUUACAUUUCGCGAUUCACGAUAUAAUGCAUGUGAUUGACUCGGAACCUGUUAUGGUUUUUAGUGACCAGGAAAGCGUACAAUUGAUGAUCAAUGACAACCAUCGGCGGUAUAGUCGGUGCCAAAACAUCGACGUGAACUGCGACUACCAAUUGCUGCCAAACGACACCUUUAUAUACAUUCAUUUCUACAAAAAUAAUAUUAAUUAA